AUGUUGAGAAAAAUCUGCUGCUUUAUCUUCCUCAGCUCCUUUGCAUUUCUUAUUCGGUACCAUUUCUUGGGGAGAAAGUGUCGCUGUAGGAGGAACUUGGCGGGAAGAGUUGUGAUCGUUACGGGAGCUACGUCAGGAAUUGGGUGUGCCCUUGCGGAGGAAUUGGCCAGAAAAGGUGCAAACCUCAUUCUUGCCUGUCGAGAUAUCAAAAAAGCCGAAGGGGUGAGAGAGAGAAUUUCCCUGGCCACGGGAAACCCCAAUAUUCGCAUUUCUGAGCUGAAUCUUGCAUCUCUAGACUCUGUUUUGCUAUUCUCAAGGGAGAUUCUUGCAAAUGUUGAGUCAAUUUAUGCUCUUGUGAACAACGCAGGAAUUUUCUAUGCUUCUCCGGGGAAUACUGUUGAUGGAUUUGAUGAAACUUUCCAAGUAAACUACCUCAGUGUCUUCCUCCUAACACUCCUACUCUUGCCUGCCCUUCGACGGCAUAGAGAUCCCGCGAGGAUUGUAAACGUUGGGUCUGAAGCUCAUUUACGUACUUGGCUCUUCCCUCAACCUGAAUACCACAGAGAAUUCGAAGAUUGCCCCGAAGAUCGUUUCCGGGCGUAUUUUUACAGCAAAUACUGCUUAACAAUCUUCAGUUGGAGACUCGCAGCUCUCACUGAGCACUCAAACAUUUCCGUGCAUUGCGUUGAUCCUGGAAAUACCGAAACGUCCAUCUACAGGACCUUCCCACCGCUCUCGAAUAAAUUCUCCAAGUGGCUGCAAAAGCCAGCUCUCUGA